CUCCUCUUCUUUCUCCUCUAUGCACUUUUUACUGUCAUGGGAUCAAUUUGAUUUUCCCGAGAAUCAUCGUCGUUGAAGGUUAAUGGGUGAUCCUCGUCGUCGAUUUUAAAUUAAUUGAAACGAGUUUACGGCGGAACUCCGGCUAACGGAAAUAUGGAUACCGAGCGCGUGUUGGGGAACGAUAUCGGGCGAUGCUUGAAAUUAAUAGUGUCGGGAAACGAUGCAGCUAUCAGUGACGGUUGGUUGAUGCUGCAGAGUCUACGAGGAUGCAAUCAACUGACCGAUUGCGAGGACGUGCUGAGGGAUAUCCUUAAAAGUCCGGUGCUGAACGUGUCGGAGGUGCCGAAGAUCAUGGCGUGGAUGUCGGUAUACAUCACGGAGAAACGUUUCAACGCUAAUCCGAUUUCCAAUGAUGUCGCUGUGUUGCUGCGGAACACGGAUAUCGGAGAAAUGUCGCACCUGACCGAACUGCUGAACACAUUGGCCGAUCACAGAGUGUACCUGCCCAGGUCGGCGAAUCACGCGAAGCUCUGCGAAGCGAUCGUCACUAGUUUGUCUUCCUUCCAAAUGCCCUUGGAUGCGAAAAAAAUUGCCGAGUUCUACGAUAACACCACUAAAAUUCAACAUUUUCUCAAAGCGCUAUGUUCAAACACGAAGAACGGUGAGCACGACAUUCUCAUGUUUACCUGCCUCCAGACUCUCUACAAUAUCAUAUCAGAUACAAACAGGAAGCCAGAACCGGGUCCAGGACUUGCUGCUAUAUUACAGUUAGUAGAAUCCUCUAUUAUUCCACAGGCAGUGGACUGGAUUCUGUCCCAAUCUCAUUCAGACCGUCAGCUUGUGCAAGCCUUGAAAGUUAUGUGCAAUUGGCUUCCGAAAUGGCGAGGGGACCGGCUCAGUGUUUGGAUAAUGGAAUUUAUAUGUGGUUUAGAAAAACAACGAAAGUAUUCUACCCUCCUCGAACUUACCGAAUCCUCGGUGGAUAUAUUAGAGCUGAUGUGGACGGUAUUGCUGGUGCCAGUGAUCCGUCAAAACGCUUCCAAUAUCAUAUUUUACAUUUUAAAGAGACAGAGCUCACUGUCGAUUGUCCAGAACAUAGCCAAAAGGAUACCAAGAUUGAUAAAGGAUUUAAUGAAAGAGGAUUCGGAGUCCAGCAAGGAAUGCAUACAGAAUUUAGUUGACAUUAUGAAAGUGUACAGCAAGAGAUUUUCAACGUGUCCUAUGUUGGGAUACGGAAGUACAGAGAACUAUCCAUUUCCCGUAUUACCACAGAUGCACGUUGUCAAAGAGAUUUAUACAGAGCCGGUAUGGAUAGACGAGACAAAAGAAUUUGAACCGAUCGUAGAACCGGAAAGGCCGCUGUCUGGAAAAGUAGGGCUCUCUAAUCUUGGGAACACUUGCUACAUGAACAGCGUGCUACAGGCUUUAUUAAUGACCAGACAAUUCUGUCAAGAAGUAUUAAAUUAUCGACCCUUAAAUGAAGCAGGAAAAACACCUUUAAUAGAAAAACUUCAAAACUUGUUUGCAUUGUUGUUAUACUCUAAAAGGAUAUGUUUGGCGCCAACUGAAGUGUUACGAGCAUCAAGACCCACUUAUUUUCUGCCUGGACAACAACAGGAUAGCUCAGAAUUCCUCUGUCAUCUGCUGGACGUUUUGCACGAGCAAGAGAAAUCUGCCAGUAACUGCGGCGGAAGCGACACUGCGGGGACUCUCAGGUGCAAAAUUGAGAAGCAAGAAGACAACGUCACAUUACCAACGAUGGAGGCAACAAAAGGCGUCAUUAAGCGCUGGACGACCGAGGAAGAUCUAACGGAAGGCUCGGCGUUGCAACGGAAGACGCAGUCUUUGGCGGAUUUUACAGGAGGUGAGGAACUAGGACAGCGACUUAGUGAUUCUCACUCGGACUCGACGGACAGCGGUAUACAAUCUGUAGGCGGCGAGGAAACGAGCACGUACACCUCCCUUAUACACAGGGUGUUGGGCGGAGAGUGCCAGAUCACGUAUCAAUGCGCACAAUGCGACACCAGUUCGCGCAACACGGACAAGUUUCGUGACCUGCAGCUGUGCUUCCCCGAGGAGAUACAAGAGAAUCAGGAAGUCUCCGUUCAGGAUCUCAUCAAUUACUAUCUCACGCCGGAGAAGCUGACGGGCGAGAACAAGUACCGUUGCGACAAGUGCACGAAACUGUGCGACGCGCAGAGGAUCAUCACGAUCCUCCAGGCGCCGGCGCACCUGAUUCUGACGCUGAAGCACUUCCGAUACGACUUCGAUAGCCGAUUAAGGACGAAGCUGCGGCACAAAGUAGUGUAUAACGACACGAUACAGUUACCGGUGUCGGCAGUACCGUGUACCGUCGCGGAGACGUAUCACUUGUACGCCGCUGUCGUGCAUUCCGGCUACAGUAUGGACUACGGACAUUAUUUCACGUAUGCCUGUGAUUCCAAGCAGAACUGGUACAAAUUCAACGACAGUUUCGUAACGCAGACCACAUUCGAGGAUUUCAAGAGUCUCAAACCACCGGACACGCCGUACAUACUGUUCUACGAGAAGUCAGGCGCUCACGACAGCAUCUACGAGGACGACAAGCCCGAGCUGUCAACUCUGAGUAAACGUAUACAGGAAUUGAUAGCGAACGACACGACGGAUUACAUAGAGGAGCUGAGACGUCGCGCCGCGGUGUCGCAACGUAGCCAGCUGCCAACGAAAUCGCUGAAGCAGCACAACAAUUCCGAUGACGAUAAUCCGCCGCCCAGCAGCUGCCGCGGCGCGAUCGACGUUCCGGCGAAUCACUUUCUCUAUUGAACGAGCGUGUUUUCCGCUCAAACGCGGCGAUUUCGGCGGAUCUUGCCAGUUGCGGAAUACAGUUCUGUAUAUCUGUUCUAGGUAUUUUAUAUGUAUAAGCAAAAGAGAGACUCGUGCGUCGAUCAUCACGCGGAGAGGCACGUCUUUAUGGUUCCGCACCAUAUCGUAUCGCUGUAGGAAAUUUCUAUGAGAACUGAUACUCGUUUACGUCUUGUGUUUAUAUACGAGAUGGAACAUACAUCGUUAUACAAGUAUACACGCUGUUGCUGUAACUCGGCGACAGUUAUAAAUGAUAAAAAUGGUUACGGCAGCUAUACAAACUAGCGUGAACUCGAAUCGAUAAUGCACAACGGAGAUUCGAUAAUGUAAAGUAUAAGCACCAUGAAUGAUAAUUACAUGAAACCGAAGUAUAAGUUCACGCGAGAAACGAAAUUUAGGUAUUUAGGCUAUGGAAGGAGUUGGUUUUUAUUUUUUAGUCACUAGUAAUGUAUUAUAAUGUGUUCAACGCGCUUUUAAAUUUAUGUUAUCUUAAUGUGUUAAUAAGGAGACUCGUUUGAUUGGACAUUUGAGCUUUACUCAUUAUCAUGUUAUUUUUAUUAAAGCUUACGUUAACAUGCACUGUACACUAUUAAAAUUAUGUUUUCUUAAACGCGCAACUUCUCAUUUUACCUCGGCAAUGCGAUUUGACAUUUUCGACGUAAAUUACAAUUUUCUUAUGUGUAGGUUGUGCCAUUGUAAUUAAUUCUUAUAGGAAUCGUUCAAAUACUCAAUGCGAUAUUACGUCUCUUUCUUUUUUUCAGCAUUAAUUACACAGUAAAGCUCUUAAGACAUGCAAUUGUUUUGAUAAAAUAAACGUCUAUUUAUUUGAUAAAUUUGAUGAAAGUUGUUCAGGCAACAGUUGUUCUAUUUAGAGUUUACUUUGUCAGAUGGGAAAAAACAUUUUUAUUUCAUCAAUUCGUUCUUGUUACGGAUAUUUUCUUUUAAAUGGAACAACUUUUCGUCUGAAUGUUUGUUAUUGCGGUGUUUUGUUAAAACUAUUAAUUAGAAAAUGUGUGUUAUCAAGGGUGAGCAAAAUGUAAGUGCCUCACUCUACGUAUGCAAGAUAUUGCAAAAUUCUAUCUGCCAAAAUAGCAAACCUUUUUUGAUGCGUAUUAAUAAAUAUAGUGUCUGGCAAUUUACAUCGAUAGACUUUUGUAACAUCCUGCGUAUAUAAGUUGUAAAAAUUCCUGUCAAUGAUUAGAUAAUUAUUGACAUCUGUAUAUUAUAUUGUUGAUGUUAAUAAGUAAAUCCACCGUCAUGAGGUCGUCGUUAAUUCGAAAAUUGAUAACUCGAAUUCGCAAUUACGGAUUUUAUAAUACCGUCUCGGGAAUUUUACAUAUUAAAACGAUAUCGUGUCCAAGAAGAUGCUUGUGUAAAGUUACCAGGACUGUUAUUACAAGAACAUUAAGAGAAAAUGAAAAAUACGGCUCAAUCGGCUGUGGUUCUUUAUACAUGUCUUACUACAGAGCAGUAUUUAAUAAGUACAAGAGAUACAAUCCUUAAUUUACUUGUUGUAAUUAUUACGUUGCGUUUGCUUGGGCUUUUAUUAAACGCACUUUGCCGCAUAAAGUUGUAAAAUAACGUAACGUUAGAAUAGCUGGGUAUGUACGUGUAAGUGUAUGUGUCUUUUCGAUAUAUGCGAUGUUCGUGUAAAUGUGCCACAUCGAGCUUUUAUUUAUUGACGCAACAUUCGUUCAUUGUUCCAUAUUCACCAUCAAAAUUGAAGAUUCUUUUUUGUCAAUUAACGAAGAGCAUGUAUCCUAAAGUAGCGACGUUUGCACUCGUGUGUUAGCACUUAAAAUUAUAGCAAAGCACCGUGCUUCGAAAUUACAAAAGUUAGAAAAAAGCAAAGUUGUUGUUAUUAUAAAUAGUUUAUUUUAAUUAAUAGGGACACUGCAAUCUACCGCAACACUCCAAACACUUCGUAAAUCUGUGAUAACUUUGUACUGUCGAAUUGACAAUAUUGAUUUCAUUUAGCUCGAUAUCUUAAACUGAUAUACGCGACAUGUUGAAAUUUAUUAUUGUAUAAUCUAAACACAUAACUGCAGCUUUUAAGGCUGUAUAGUAGGAAAAUAAUUAAUGUUAAAUAAUAUCGAGUAAUUAAACCAAAUUAUAUUUAAAACGAUCCAUUUAUUGUCAAUGUCAACUAAUAUUUAUUAAGUGUGCAAUGUUUAAUACUAUUUGAAAUAUCGUUUGCUCUGAAAGGUUAAUAUAAUCUUCACAUAUUAUCUUCGUAUUAAUAAAUUUGCUAUCAAAAGUAAUAUGAGAAAACUA